UAAAAAACUGGAAGUGCUAGGUUUUGUGUAUCUCAUUCUAUGUAAUCCCAUAUUAGGCUUAGAGAUCUCCACAUGAAAAUCUGAUUAAAUUCUUAAUGCUUUCUUUGUCAACAAGGAGCAUGAAGAAUAAGCAAAUGUUAGGCCUCACUCCCACACUCCCUCACGAGUUAAUAGAAGAAAUUCUGUUGAGGUUGCCGGUGAGAUCUCUGUUGCUUUUCAAAUGUGUGUGUAAGUCAUGGCUCACUCUUAUCUCGGAUCCCCAAUUUGCAAAAACCCAUUUUGACCUAGCUGCCGCACCCAUCCACUGUUAUCUUGUUGAAUCACAGCAUGGUUCUUUAUUUGGAUCUAUAGAUAUAGAGCCAUCAGUUUACGAAGAUUGUGCUCUAAUAUACUUCUGUUAUUCACAUCCAUCAUCCCCUUCCCAUAAUAAUUGUUAUUCUUAUAAUAAUUUUCAAAUUUUGGGUUCUUGUCGUGGGUUUGUACUAUUAAGGUAUGUCAAUGCUGAUUAUCUUACUGUAUGGAAUCCAUCUACCGGUGCACAGAAACCAAUAUCAUGUUCUCAUUAUCACUCAUUGAUCAAAAUUCUAUAUGGUCUUGGGUAUGAUGCAUCAACGGAUGACUACUUGGUAAUUAUUAUUAUGGUACCUCUCGGUCAAUAUAGUUCAGAAACUCAUUUCAUGUUUUUCUCCAUGAAAACCAAUUCUUGGAACAAAGUUGAGGGUAUUGAUUUUCCAUAUCUGACUGGCGGGGAGAACUACAGUGCUGGGUUACUCUUGAAUGGAGCUCUUCAUUGGUUGGCUUUCUCUGCUGCUGCUGAUGAUGAUGAUGAUGAUACCAAUGAUGAUACCGAGGUUGCUAUGAUUAUUGCCUUUGAUUUGACAGAAAGGAGUUUAUCUGUGAUUCCUUUACCAUGUCUUACCGGAGAAUCGUUUCUUGAAAUUGGUUGUCAUUUGAUGGUAAUAGGAGGAUGUCUCAGUCUGUGUUACCCAGCUACAAAGGUUUGCUGGGUGAUGAAAGAAUAUAAAGUGAACUCAUCUUGGACUAAGGCCACUUAUUACAAUGAUUGCAACUACGAAGGUGGUGUAAUUAUUGGAUCAGAUGCCGUUGGAAACCUAAUGAAACUUAAUGACAACAGAGAGCUAGUUGUGCAUUCCAAAAAUAGCUUUUACAUAGAGAGUCUACUACAGUUUGCUAUGUAUAGAGAAAGUCUAUUAUCACUUCCCAGUGACUUUGGGAAAGCAAGUGAAGACGACGAACACUGACAGACAAGAAGAAUUAGGGCAGGCCACGAAGUAUGCAAGAAUAUUUGAUACGGUUUUGCAAAUAUACAAGGGUUGGCUGCUGCAUAAAGUAUUGUCCUUACUCCACCCUCAGUGGUUGGGAUUUAAUAGGGAGUGGUUUUUUUUUUACCUUGAUAUCCUAGUUUUCCUUCAAAUGAUGAUACUGCUGGCAGAAAGCGUAGCAUUUGGAAGAGAAUGUCAUAUAUUUAAUAUUAAAUACUCUCGUGUCAGUGCAGAAUUAGCGUAUGUUUUUGUGGUGUUUUCAGUAAGGUUGGAGUGUAAACAUACUUUAGAAUUUAAUUAUGUUUCAAAG